UGAAAAUAAUAAUUUUCAACUUCUCCUAAAACCCUAAACCCCCCACUCUUUUUCCAUUUCCAUAUCCGAAGAACCCUAAAACCCCAUAAACCUCAAAUUAGGGGAAAAAAAAGGAAGAAAGAAAAAGAAUAGCCAUGAUUCCAAUUUCAAACCCCACUGAUAUGCUUUCAUCUUCUUCCUAUUCCAUCGUCAAUCCCAUAUAUCACAAUGCAUUGCCUUACUCUUCUUCCUUCACUCAGAGAACUUGCGUUUCUCUGAACCCCAAACGCAUGCGACGUCGUUUCGCGACCGCCACCUGUUCCUACGCAUCUAUUGACAACGCCAGGAUUAAGGUUGUUGGUGUUGGUGGUGGUGGCAACAAUGCCGUUAAUCGCAUGAUCGGUUGCGGAUUACACGGUGUAGACUUUUAUGCUAUAAAUACGGAUGCACAGGCUCUAUUGCAAUCUGCAGCUGAGAACCCUAUUAAAAUCGGAGAAGUUCUUACACGCGGAUUAGGUACUGGUGGGAAUCCACUUUUGGGUGAACAAGCUGCUGAGGAAUCAAAAGAAGCCAUUGCUAAUGCUCUUAAAGGCUCAGAUUUAGUUUUUGUAACUGCUGGCAUGGGUGGGGGAACAGGUUCUGGUGCUGCCCCGGUUGUGGCCCGGAUAUCAAAAGAGGCUGGUUACUUGACUGUAGGUGUUGUUACCUAUCCCUUCAGCUUUGAAGGACGAAAAAGAUCCUUGCAGGCACUAGAAGCCAUUGAAAAGCUGCAGAAAAAUGUGGAUACACUUAUAGUGAUUCCAAAUGACCGUCUUCUUGACAUUGCUGAUGAGCAGACACCUCUUCAGGAUGCUUUCCGUCUUGCAGAUGAUGUUCUACGUCAAGGAGUGCAGGGAAUAUCGGACAUCAUCACAAUACCUGGGCUUGUAAAUGUGGAUUUUGCUGAUGUAAAAGCUGUGAUGAAAGACUCUGGAACUGCAAUGCUUGGGGUAGGUGUUUCCUCCAGCAAAAACCGUGCAGAAGAAGCCGCGGAACAGGCCACUUUGGCACCCUUAAUCGGAUCAUCUAUUCAAUCAGCCACCGGGGUAGUGUAUAACAUUACUGGUGGAAAAGACAUAACCCUGCAGGAAGUGAAUAGAGUAUCUCAGGUGGUGACAAGUUUAGCUGAUCCGUCUGCCAAUAUCAUAUUUGGCGCUGUUGUCGAUGAUCGCUACAACGGGGAGAUUCAUGUGACCAUCAUUGCCACUGGCUUCUCACAGUCCUUUCAAAAGACAUUACUAACGGAUCCAAGGGCGGCAAAGCUGCUUGACAGAGUACCUGAGGGACAAGAAAGCAAGGCAGCGUCCCCUGCCCUUAAGUCCUCAAACACACCGUCAAACGUUGCAUCUAGAGCAUCCCUACGAAAGCUCUUCUUCUAGUUGCUUAGUUAUAUUAACCCUUCUUUUUAUUCAGUAUGGUUCAGCUGGAUCUUGAAGCUUAAUUGAUAGCCCUCGAAUAUGGAGUGAUUAUAACGAACACUUUUUCUUUUUCCUUUUUUUUUUUUUUUUGGUUUUUUGUUUUUUUAUUCUUUUGUUCCUGCGGACAUAGUUUGCAUGUAUAGCGCCAUUGUUCACUCAACAUUUUUUUGUUAGAAGAAUGCAUGUAGUUAUAAGUUGA